AUGCAAGCAUGGCGAAAUUCGCAACCCACGGACGAUCUUUUGGAAAUUCCCGGCAUUGGUCCGGCCGCAGUCAAGAAGCUGGGAGAAGCCAUGAUCGACGCGGAACGUAUCACCAACACGUACAUGCUCUUUGGCAAGUACCUGAGUCUGAAGGGACCCGAUUUGGAUGGACACAAAGUCGAUAUUGUUGAGCAUAACGAGCGCUUUUGGCAUUAUCUCAAAAUAAGGGGUAUUUCGGCCCAUCGGUCCGCGAUUGUCAAGGCGGUGGCCGAAAAAGCGGCCACUCUUUUCCCAAGUUUGUACGACGCCAACAUUUACGAAGAUGACAGUGACGACGAGUAG